AUACCUUCUGCCAAGUAAAUGUCAAAAAAAUUACACACGACACACGGUUUUUUGAUAAUGUUGAGCGAUUGCCUAAAAAGUUGAGGGAUAUAAUCAAUUAAAUUGUAUAAUGACUGAAGAUCAAGAUGCUAAAGAUUCGCAGUCGGAUUCGGGCAGUAAAACAUUUAUUAAUAAGAACAAGGACAAGAAAACAAAAUCCCAACGGCCGCUGACUAAAAUAAUUCUCCGGCGCUUGCCGCCUAGUAUGACUGAAGAAGCAUUCUUGGAACAGGUUUCACCAAUACCUGAUCAUGACCAUUUCUAUUUUGCCAAGCCAGAUCCUUCGCUUGGCAAUAACCUAUAUUGUAGAGCUUACAUAAACUUCGUCAAUGUCGACGAUAUUUACUUGUUUAGAGAUAAAUUUGAUGGAUAUGUGUUUCUUGAUGAAAAGGGUGUGGAGUAUGUGGGCAUAGUGGAGUAUGCUCCUUUCCAGAGGAUACCUAAGAAAAAGAAGAAGAAAGACCCAAAGUGUGGCACCAUAGAGAGUGACCCUAUUUAUCAAGACUUUGUGGAAGGUCUCAAGAAAGACCCUGAGACUGAGAACCAACCAAAACUUGAGUACUCUUACCCUGUGAAUGAUGCCAAUGACAAAAAGGUACAAUCAACUCCUUUGCUGGAGUACCUGGCGGCGCGCAAGCAGGACAAGAGGGGGCGUGACGAGCGUCGCAGGAGAGAGAAUGACAAGAGGAAAAUGAGGAUAGAGAGGAAAACCAAAGAAAAUCCCAUCAAGGAGGAAGAAACUGGAGACGGCGAGGUUAAGAAGAUUAAAUCUAGAGAGUGGGAGAAAGAGAAAGCGAGUGACGCGCGUGAUGACCAAGUCAAGUCGGAGAACCGAGAUGGAUCUGUAUUUGAAUCUAAAUCUUAUAGGGACCAGCGCAAGGCUGGAAUUAAUUCUUUAAGUGACAAAAAGAAAAAGCUUGAAACUGAUAAGAGGGAUAAUGCAAGAGAUGAUGAACAGGGGGAUGACUCGGACAGGGGCGCGAAAAAGGAUAAACGCGAUAAGUUCAAAGACUCGCCGCGUGAGCAAAAAAGUAAAAAGUACAGCGACACUAGAAAGGAGCGAAUCAAAUCUACCGAUUUUGGAAAAUCGGACAAACAAUCAGCUAUAAAUAAAAUCAUGUCUUUAGAAAACAAAGGAAAGUCAAUAAACCACGACGAUAUAAAACCAUUUACACAACUGCCGCAUGUGAAGACUGACGACUUGACCAAAAUUAUAGAGGGAAUGGAUAAGAAGAUGAAACAGGAAGAAAGUAGUAAGGACACCAGUGAGGAAGCAUUUCCAAAGAGCGCGACUGUCGGUGUGGCGAAGAUGAGGAGGAAUAGCUUAGAGUCGGGUGAACAGUCUGUGAAGGAGGAGGCGGUGCUCAAGAGGCAGAAGUCACUUGACGACAGGAGCAAGUCAUCCGAUAGGGAGGGCUCAGAGGAGAAAGAGAAAAGUGAAAGUGGUGACCGUCGCACAGAAAGAAGAAUUAGAAAUAAGGAUCGUCCAAGCCUCGUUAUCUAUCAGCCAGGCAUGGGCAAGUUUAGUAAACAGCGUCUCGCGAAGGAAAAAGACACACAGCCGCCAACCAAAUCCGUUAACGAUAGUGAAAAGAAAGACACCUGAAAUUAAUGUCAAACUACCCUAAACUUGGACAACAUUCAACGGAAUUACCCUGAAGCUGGCAUCCACAACAUGUCCUGGCAGACUCUGUAGACGAGGAUAUCGGAAUGUGCCAACUGAAGGAACCACUGUUCGUGUUUACUCAGCUGUUGUUUUUAUUGAUUUGUUUAGUUUACAUACAUUUCGAUUGAGUUGGAGAUGUUUUAACAUUACAAAAAAAUCAACGUAGCAUUUAAUGCAACAUAUUUUUAGCUUGUGACGAUUUAAUUCAGUUUGUUAAUUUCAUUUAAAUAUAAUUAAUUUUUGAAAUGGGGAAA